AUGGUUAUGAAUGGUUUGAUCCCGGCCCCAAAAGGUCGAGUUCGAACAAAAGUUGGGCAUAGAUAUCUGGAGGCUUUACAAUCGAAGGUAAAUGGAGGUUACCAGAGCUCAAGCUCGUCAUCUUCAGAUGAUGGCGUGCAAAAUUCUGUGGGAUUGAAUCUAUUGGUUCUUGGUAUCACGUCUGGAACUGCUAUGGAUGACAUUGAUUUUGCACUCUGUCGCUAUACACAAGAGUCUCCAGAAGCACCACUACACUUGGAUCUUAUUCAGUAUGAUUCAGUCGUCAUGCCUUCGAAAAUUCGAUCCGAGAUCCUGUCGAUGUUACGAGAAGACGCCGCUCCGCCAAGUAUGUUAUCGCAAAUGGACGCAGAAAUGGGACAUACUUUUGCGAACGCUAUCCAUAUUUUCGCACAUAAGCAUAGGAUUUCAGUGGAUGACAUUGAUUUGAUUGGAUCUGGUGGACAGCUCGUUACCUUAACAGGUGCCCCACCACGGGGACAACAUCGAUCGAACAUGUGCCUAGGAGAAGGGGCUGUGAUAUCUGCAAAAACAGGUGUCACAACUGUUUCUGACUAUCGAACGGCAGAGCAAGCUGUCGGUAGACAGGGUGCCCCUUUAUUUGCGUACUUGGUCGGACUUUUGCUGCACCAUCCUACCAGAUUACAGAUUUGCAUAACUAUUGGAGGCAUCACAACUAUAUGUUUCAUCCCUUCGGAUAAAAAGGGCGGAAUUGACGCAAUGUACGAUUGGGAUACAGGGCCAGGCACUUGUAUGAUUGAUGCAGCCUAUCGUCACUUUGGCCUCGACCCUCAAAAAGACCAAUCCUCUUUCUUACACGGUACAAUUUGCCAUGAAGUAGUCGAGCAACUCCUUACCAAUGAUGAAUAUCUCAGCACACGGCCACCGAAAACCACAGCUAGAGAAAUUUAUGGUGACGCUAUGGCCUUCAAAAUCAUAGGCAUGUGCGCUUAUCGAGGUUGUUCGCCCGCAGAUACAAUAUCUACCAUUACACGCUUCACCUCCGCUAGUAUUGCCCAGCAAAUCCUUCUCUUUGGUCCCGGUCGUGACGCUGUUAACGCAGCUGAUAUAACUGUCGAUGGUCGCGGCAUGUCUCACACUCCCCUUAUCUCGGACCUUCAAGCAGAAUUUCCAGGAGCCCAUUUUGACAGCUUCGAUAAGACCGGUAUCCCAUUGAAUGCAAGAAAAGCAGUAGGCUUUGCGAUGCAAGCAAUGGAAGCAUUGUUGGGAAGAGCUUUGCCAGUCCCGACAAAUGCGGAUGUAAGAAGACCGAAUACUAUUACUGGAAAGUUGGCCCCUGGGCUUAGGUGGAGAGAGGUCAUGGAGAAGAGUGUUAGAUUUGGAGGGAACGGGAGAGGAUGGGAGGGACUUCCCGAGGUCAAAGAGUUGAUCGUUAGGCAGAGGGAUAGGAGUAAUGUCUCGGGUAUGGAAAACGAGAAGGAGGGGUUUGUUUGUUAA